AUGCCAGUGCUUGAAAUUGGGAAACGAGAUGAAUGCAUUGGAGUGAAGCUCACGAAGGAUUUGGUUAUUGUGGAGGCCGGCGAAGAAAUGCUUGACCGAAAGAAGUCCAACAGUGAUGAAAUGAUGGAGGCUCUCUGGAAAUCUGAUAUGGAUUCUUCUAAUAUUAGGAAUAGGUUCAAACCGUUCAGUUCCGACGUGAAGAUGGCCUGUAAGAAUUUCCUAUCGCGUCGAGACAUUUUCCAUGAAAUGAAAUCUCGAAACUUCGACGUGGCAAUUCUCGAACCAAUGUUUGUUAGUGGAUUAGGAUUUGCAAAGGCUUUGGGGAUUGAGAAGAUCAUAUUGGCAUCUUCGUGCACAUUUUUCGAUUCAGUGUUGAAUUAUAUCGGAGAGCCAUUGGAUUUCAGUUAUGUUCCGUCGUUAUACAGUGUGACUGGGGAGGUGAUGAGUAUGGCGGAGAGAUAUGAGAAUUGGAUGGUUACUAAGGAAGCCAACUUAGCCUUCGAAGAAUUUUACGACGGGGAAAUGGAGUGUUAUCGUGAAUUUCUGGGAGAAGACGUUCCCGAUUGGCGUGAUCUACUUUCAACUGCCUCCAUAUUCUUUGUGAAUUCAAAUCCAUUCCUCGACUUCCCUCGACAAGUCAUUCAGAAAACAGUACCGAUCGGUGGCAUUUCGGUGAAUUUUGAUUGGAUUAGAGAGCAGAAAUUGUCAAGUGAUUGGGUGGAGAUUCUAGAGAAACGAGAGAAAAAUGUAUUGAUUUCUUUCGGAAGUAUUGUCAAGUCGAUUCAAAUGCCAAAGAUAUGGAGAAACGGUCUACUCGAAGCAAUCCAGUCAAUGCCCAAUGUAACUUUCAUCUGGAAAUACGAAUCCGACGACACAUCGUUUGCCAGUCACCUUCAAAACCUUCAUUUCUCAAAAUGGGUUCCCCAAACGGCCCUUCUGAAUGACGCCCGUCUAGACGCGUUCCUCUCUCACGGAGGUCUCGGAAGUACGAUGGAAUUGGCGUACAGUGGAAAACCGGCUGUCAUGAUUCCAGUGUUCGGAGAUCAAACUAGAAAUGCCAGAAUGUUGGAAAGACAUGGAGGAAUUAUUUAUAUGCAUAAGAGCUCUAUUAUCCCAAUCUGA